AUGUCCUCCCGCUACGUCCGCACGCAACUGCCCCGCCGCCCUGCCCCCGACAGGAAACGCUCCCGCUCGCGCUCGCGCUCCCACUCGCCCCCCCGCAAAUCCGCGCGGCGCGCCUCCCCCCCCGCCGCCACCGUCGACCGGCGCAAGCAGGAGCGCUACGCGCGCGACCAGACGCGCCUCAACGCGCUGCAGGAGAACGAGACGAUGCGCGAGUGGGUCAACCAGGAGGACACCUUCGUGCUCAAGCAGGCCAAGAAGAAGGCCGAGAUCCGCGUCAAGGAGGGCCGCGCGAAGCCCAUCGACUGGCUGGCCGUCAACCUGCGCGUCAUCGACAAGGAGCGCACCACGGACCCGCUCGACGACGAGAUUGCGGACGAGGAUCUGGACGUGGUGGAUCCGGAGGCGGUGCUGGAUGGCCUGGCGGCCAAGGAGCUGGAGGAGCUCGAGGCGGAUAUCGAUGUGUAUGUGGGGCUCGAGACGGCGCGCAGCAACAGGGAGUACUGGGCCACCAUGAGGGUGAUCUGCCGCGACCGGCGGGAGAAGAGCAGUGCUGUUGCGGCGCCCGACGGCGGGCGCGCGGUCAGCAGCGUGGCGGGCGACGUGGACAAGCUGUUUGGCAGCAAGAAGCUCGAGGAGCUGGAGGCGCUCGAGCGGCAGAUUGUGGGCAAGCUGAACAGCGACGAGAUCCUGGACGUGGACUACUGGAACGAGCUGCUGCGGAGCGUGCGCGUGUGGAAGGCGAAGGCGAGCCUGAAGAGGAUGUACCGCGAGGUCAUCAACAACCGCCUCGACAUCCUCGUCAGGCAGCAGAAGGACGAGGCCCGCACCGUGCGCGCGAAGCUGGAGGCCAUCCUCGGCGGCACCAAGGACGUGACGGACGAGAGCACGCUCGAGUCGCUGCCCGUGCAGAGCGCGUACCCCGCCGCCCGCAUCGUGCCCUACAACCGCGCCAUGGACCCGGAGCCCAUGCUGCGCCUGCGCCACGACGAGAAGGCGCUCGAGUCCUGCUCCGAGAAGGAGUUCCUCGAUAGCCUCACGGAGGAGCGCCGGAAGGUGCUCAAGAUGGGCUACGUGCCGCUCAAGGCCCGCGCGCAGUACAAGCAGCCCUUCAAGAAGCGCCUCUUCUGGCACAAGCGCUCCGGCGCAGCGGCGGCCGCGGCCGCCGCCCGUCCAACCGCCAGCUCCUCGUCCUCCUCCAGCGCGCCGCCGACAUCCCGCUUCGCGGCCGUCUUCGACAACGACGACUUCUCGCAGGCGACGAAGGCGCUGUAUGAGCGCGAGGUGGCGCGCGGCGUCGGCGACAACGAGGAGAUCUUCACCGGCGAGGAGGAGGUCACGACGUCCGGCCCCAAGCCCGCCUGGGCGUCGAAAUACCGCCCCCGCAAGCCCCGCUACUUCAACCGCGUGCAGAUGGGCUACGAGUGGAACAAGUACAACCAGACGCACUACGACCACGACAACCCGCCGCCCCGCGUCGUGCAGGGGUACAAGUUCAACAUCUUCUACCCAGACCUCAUCGACAAGUCCAAGGCGCCCACGUACCGCAUUGAGCGCGAGGGCGGGCGCAAGCGCGGGCAGAGCUUUGCGCCGGCGGGCGAGGAGGAUACGUGUGUGAUCCGCUUCAUUGCGGGCCCGCCGUACGAGGAUUUGGCGUUCCGCAUUGUGGAUAAGGAGUGGGAUUACUCGGCGAAGAGGGAGAGGGGGUUUAGGAGCAGCUUUGAUAAGGGUAUCUUGCAGCUGCAUUUUCAGCUGAAGAAGAUUUAUUAUAGGAAGUAG